AAGGGCCCUGCGAGUCGGGAAAUAUGUUGCGACAGCGGCAAAUCUUACUCAUAUUGCUUUGUCCAACACCUCGCGGCCAACUCGCCAUUGCGCUUCAUACUCACAUUUGUUCAUACCCCCGUCCCCGCUUACCAUCCACUAUCUCCUCGACCAGCAAAACUCUGUUUCCUGGGAGCCGCCUCGCGUCGGCCAACUGUCCACAGCCCUGUCGCGCCUCGGCCUUUGACCACCAGCGAUUGACUACGAAGAAGAGCGGCGUACAUGAUUGGGCUCGCUCAAUGAGCAUGCAGUUGGCGCGUCCUGUCGUACGGUCGUCGUCAACAUGGUAGACCAGACGCCACCUCAGUCUGUGGAGCCCUUGGUAGCUUCCGAAGUGCGUGAGCAAACCUACCAUGUACUGCUGGUAGUGUCAUCCGACAAGUGCGGGUCAUGAACGAGACGGGACGGGGGCCCGUUUUGCAGCGCCGCGCGGCUUCCCACGCGUGGCCCGUUGCCGCGCUUGACUACUAGCUGACCGGUAUCUGACUUUAGGGCGAGGGCGAUGACGAUCGCGACGAUGGCAUGGGCGCGUCAAUCGCCAGUUCGUCCACAUCGCUGUCGUCCAGUAUUUUGAGAUAUCGUGAGGAGAAUGGGCGGACGUACCAUGCUUUCAGGGAAGGCAGAUACGUUCUUCCCAAUGACGAUGUAGAAAAUGAGCGAUUGGAUCUGCAGCACCACCUCUGCACCCUAACGCUUGGGGGGAAGUUGUUCAUCUGCCCAGCAGGCACGGGCGAGCCUCUUGGGAGGGUCCUUGACGCCGGCACAGGGACGGGCAUCUGGGCCAUAGAUUUUGCUGAUGAGCACCCUGAGAUCCAUGUCACAGGCGUCGACCUGAGUCCAAUACAACCGUCGUUCGUGCCCCCGAACGUGACGUUUUAUAUUGACGAUCUCGAGGACACGUGGACGUUCCAAUACAAGUUUGACUUUAUCUACUCUCGCAUGCUCACGGCCUCCAUCUCGGACUGGCCCAAGUUCCUGCAACAAAGCUACGACAACCUGAACCCGGGAGGGUGGAUUGAGCUGCUCGACGUGCACCUGAAGCUGCAGUCAGACGACAAGACAGUCCCGGCUGAUUGCGCGCUAAAGCAGUGGGGAGACUGGAUGCUCGAGGCAGCAGCCAAGCUCAACCGACCGCUCGAUAGCAUGACAUUUUACCAACAGCAACUGAUCGACGUGGGGUUCACCAACGUUACGGAGCGGAUCUUCAAGUGGCCCACGAAUUCGUGGCCGCGAGACGACCGACACAAGGAAUUAGGCAUGUGGACGUUUGAGAACCUGGGCAAUGGUCUUUCGGGAUUGAGCAUGGCACUGUUUACCCGCGCGCUGGGGUGGUCCCCCGAGGAGCUGGAAGUGUAUCUGACGGACGUCCGAAAGCAGAUGAGGGACCGCAGCAUCCACGGCUACUGGCCUCUAUAUGUCGUGUACGCUCAGAAGCCGGGGGGUUCAUGACGGCUGAAAGGCUUGGCCGGCUUGCCCACGGCGCCGCCGUGGAGACGGUCUGGAGGUGACGGCGGCAUUAGAACAUGAAGUUGACGGACAUGUGCAUUUAACAAGGAAGGGCCUUGGUUAUUGUUACAAGGAAAAUUAACAUAACAUUUAUGAAAAUUCGAUGACAUGACC